AUGUCUGGUGUCACAGAGAGACAUUCGCCCAGGAGGGCUGUCCUACUCGAUGGCUUAAAAUCGCCUCAAGAAGCAGCCCGCCUGGAUAGACUCCAUCAACCACAAUCUCGUGCUCCAGAACUUACAACAUACCUUAGCCCCCAACGCCCUUCUCUGAUUCCAUACGUUGAUGCCCGGCUGGAAACGUUAGACGAGGACCGAAAACAGUAUUCAAAGUCGGGAGAACCGGAAGUUGACUAUAUCAGGAACGUAACCGAUCUAACGAACCUCACUAAUAAGAACGGCGCUAAGAACAUGGUGAUUCGUCACUUUCAAAUAUGUGUUUUCAAAGGUCCCACGGAGUCAAGAAGACUCGGAGGUCUCGGUAUGGCGUCUGGAGGUUUCCCCAUGCGCAGAGAACAUAUUCCCGACUCAUUUGAUCCGGACAUCAAGCUUAGACUGAGCCAGUCGAAGCCGGAUAUCCUCUAUGGCUACAACUAG